AGAAGAAAGACAAUGGAAAUCUUCAAAGUGGACUAGUUCCUCCUUCUCUUCUGAAGUGCAUUGGGGAUAGCCAAACCUCCUCCAGCCACCAUGAACCACUCUAACGAGUCGACCCCACAGUGCUUUUCCAUCAACAGUCCCCCCUUCAACUACACCCACACCAUUGCUUCCGCCUACUUCUCAUCAGUGUUUAGUGCACUGGGCCUCACCUUCAACCUCAUCGCCUUCGUGGUCCUCCUGAAGUCCUUCCCACGCACGCAAAGCCGGUCGCGCUCCUCCUUCCUCAUCUUCCUCUGCGGCCUGGUGUUUACCGACUUCAUGGGCCUCCUGGUCACCGGCUCCAUCGUGGUCUCCUUCCACUUCACCCAGUUCAACUGGCGCCGCCUGGACCCGCACUGCCACUUCUGCAACUUCAUGGGCAUGUCUAUGGUCUUCUACGGCCUGUGCCCGUUGCUGCUGGGGGCCACCAUGGCCAUGGAGCGUUUCGUGGGCAUCAAUCGGCCGUUCGCCCGCUCGACCAGCAUGAUGACCAAGUCGCGGGCAGUGUCCAUAGUGCUGAUGGUAUGGGCAGGGGCGGGGUGCAUCUCACUGCUGCCCCUGGUUGGCGUGGGGAGCUACCACAUGCAGAUACCGGGCUCCUGGUGCUUCUUUAAAAUUAGCUCCGAGGCAAGCGACAUGGCCUUUUGCCUGCUUUUCUCGCUGGUGGGGCUGCUGUCCAUCGCCGUGUCCUUCCUGCUCAAUACAAUAAGCGUGGUGACCCUGGUCAAGGUGUGCUGCAGCCAGGACGCUAGGCAGCGGCGCCGGGACUACGAGGUGGAGAUGAUGGUGCAGCUCAUCUGGAUCAUGAUGAUCGCUUCCAUCUGCUGGUGCCCCCUGCUGGUGUUUAUUACAAAGACUGUGUUUUCGGGGAGCCCACUCCGGAUCCACUACCUGCUGCUCUUCAUUCGCUUCGCCACCUGGAACCAAAUCCUGGACCCCUGGGUGUACAUCCUGUUUCGCCGCGCUGUCCUCAAGCGCCUCUACCCCCGCUGGGACUGGUCCCAGGGCUCCAUCAGGACUCUGUACCCCUCCUUCGUUGGUACCGUCUGCCGGCUCACCCGUGCCUCCGUGGGCAGCGACCCGCUAGGGGGCGUGUCGGUCAAAGAGGAAGGCAAACCCCAGUCAUUUAACAUGAAGGCUCCACCUUCACCGCCUUGA